CUCAUAAGAUUCCUGGGCCACCUGCCAGGAAUGCCAGCAGUCCGGGUACACACAGGAAGAGACUGAGGCUGCCUGUGACUAGAGGAUAAAUGUAACACAGCAGUCAAGGAAGCAAACACUUAUUACACUUAUAUUAUGAGGUUGCAGAACUGUUGUUUAAAAGUGAACUCAAUGACAUGGACUACAUAUGAAUAGAAGGACAUCAGAGAGAAGACAUCCAUCACGCUGGUGAUCCUCUCCAGACUCAUCCAUGGAAGCCAAGAUAUUGCUGCUGUUCCUCCUUUAUAACACUUUAAACGGGGAAUUGAAUAACUCUCAUAUACGACAGAAAAGAGGAAUCUUGGAACUAGCUGGAGUUGUUGGAUGCGGAACGGGAAGAUCUGCUUUGCUGUAUGUUGGAUAUGGGUGCUAUUGUGGGCUAGGAGGAAAAGGAAAACCAGUAGACCAGGCAGACAGGUGCUGUAAAAUACACGACUGCUGCUAUGGAGAUGCAGAAUAUGCUGGUUGCAAUAUAAAGACCGAUGGAUACAACUGGAGUUGUAGCAAUCGCUUUAUAAAAUGUAAUUACACAAAGGACUGGUGUCAAAGAAAGUUAUGCCGUUGUGACAAAGAAUUAGCAUUAUGCCUCAGGAGAGCACCUUAUAAUGCCAAGUAUGCACUCUAUCCCAAUUUCUUAUGUGGGCAGAGUCAGUCCUGCCGAUAUUACAGGAAAUAAUGCAUGGGUGAUGUCAUAGGAACAACCCCAAAUCGGUUCAUCUACACAGCAAGUCCCAGCCACUAUGCAGGGCCCCAGAGGGAUAUAUAUCAGUGGUGAAGUUGAAAAAAACCCUGUGAACUGUGAGAUUGUUCCUUCUAGAAGGCUUUACAUUGAUAAGUCAGUGCUUUUGUACAGUUUUAUGUCAAGUUUAGGUAGCAUGGAGUGGCAGCAGUGGUUUUGUACUAUUAUAUUUAGGAAAUAAAGGUAAUCCUAUAGAUUAAAAAAACACUUGAUAAUUUAUGAGUUAAUUUCCAACAAGAUUUAUUUCUUGCAUCCAGUAUAUGUUCUCCUUGGUCAACAAUUUGAAAAAUAAGGCUUGUUUCGAAAAAGUAUUUUUUUUGGCUGACCCUAUAUACUUAGCGUUGGAGUGCACUGGGUAGAGAAGCGUUGCAUACUUAAACAGCUAUCCAUCUUUACACUAGUAAAUCUGGAUUAAUCCACACAGAUACUUCUUUGCUGUGUUUAGAAAAAGAUUCCACCACCUUUGACAGGCAACCUGGAAAACCUGCCAUUUCUCUACACCAAAUGUUUCAUGUGUUCUAUUGGAGACCUCAUGCCACGCACUCCAGUGGUACCUACUGAACUUCUUCCUCUGGCUUGGCUGUGCAUUCACACUCCUUUCAUUUACUUAAUGCAAAAUCAGGUUUUGAUUUAUGCCCUUUUCACAUUAAAGGAGUAUGCUUACUCUUAAUCACCUUAAAGGACUUCGGACUGUCCCCCAUAUUUACUUAAGAGGCUAGUAUCCCUUUCAAACAUACGACCCAAGAAUUUCCCUGCUCAGACCCAGGUUUUUCACCUCUGAAAAAUCCUGGGUUUUUGAUGGAGACCCCCUUUCAUCCUACACCUGAGACCUGGUAAAUUCCCAGAUUAUCCCCUUUCAGACAAAAGCCUGGUCUGCCCAGGCAUUCUACAAGCCUGGUCUUCCAGGCUGCUCUCAUGUCAAACACACGUACACGUCAUAUACACACGUCACUCAUGCGGAUGUGGUAUAUAAGAUCUACAAUGUCUAGGUCGACAGUUAUUAGGUCAACACCAUAUCGUCGACACAGGAAAAAGGUCAACAGGUACAAAAGGUCAACACAUGAAAAAGUCAACAUGGAAAAUGGUAGACACAUAAUCCUCCUGAAGAAACCGCCGACAUAACUAGCGGAGAAAUGUGUUGAGGACUUAAUGCAGUGAGUCCGGUGCUGGACAUUACUCGCGCUAUAUGCUAUAUCAAACUGGUGCACGCUCUCUCCCUACCUUAUCAUCGCUGUGCUAAUAGGAGCCCCGUCAGCAGACGCGCUGUCACGGACCUGGUGAUUCCCCUCCAGACCAUCUAAAGAAGGGGGGUACACACAGCUGUCUGGAGUUUUCUUCUCUGCACUUGCCAUUGACGGGAACCAGCAUACUCAUUGGAAAUAAGUGAAAUACAUCUAUACCAACAGGGGUGAGCAUAAUGUACCUAUUGUCUCCAAUUACAAUUAAUUUGGACUUGCUAUUACAGCCCAUCAGUCUAACAAAUCUGGGACAAUAUCAGCAAUAAAUAUAUACGGACUUCAGCAUUAGUUUAUUAUAACCCAUAUACUCAGAUGAGUACAUUAUAAUAUUGCACUUA